AUGAGGGUUGGAGUUGCCCACAGUGAGGUGAAUCCAAAUAUCCAUGUAAUGAAUAGCAAGGGUAUGUGGCUGACAUAUGCAUUGGGAAUUGGCUUGUUUCAUAUUGUCUUGCUCGGCAUUCCCUUCUUCAGUGUUCCUGUUGCUUGGACCUUAACAAAUACUAUACAUAAUCUGGGCAUGUAUGUAUUUUUGCAUGCAGUGAAAGGAACACCUUUUGAGACUACUGACCAGGGGAAAGCAAGGCUCCUAACGCAUUGGGAACAACUGGGCAAUGGAGAACAGUUUACAUUGUCAUGA